GUAUAUAUGUGGGGGGUGUAUAUAUAAGGGGUGGGGGGUGUAUAUAUGUGUUGCCUGGGUUUAGGGUGAAAAUAAUCCUCACUUGAUGGAGAGAGAGGACAAGGUUAUGGUCUGUGAGCGUUGACUGGACUCAGGUACCUGGUGGCUGAGCUCACAUACACAGGGGAGGAAGGUGACAUCUCUGAGGAUGACUGCCAGCGGAUUGUUUUCUUAAAUGGAUUUGCAUUAAACUAAAGCUACUUUCCUGGUACCUUUAGGAGAUGGUGUGAAACACAGAUAACAAAGGAAGCAUUGUCUCUUAUCUGAUCUAUACUGUAAUGGGCUCUGAGAGGGAUAAAGGAAUUUUUGUGUUCGCGCGUGUGUGUGUCCUUCAAAAUCAGUGACGAUGGACAGUCAGGGACACAGACAACAUGGUUUUGAGAUGUAACAUGUCGGGAUUUGGAAUGACAUAGUCUAAGCUGAUGCUCCAAUGCAGCGCUGGGGGAGGAGCCACUCGCAGCCGGUGAAAACCUCCUGUUAGACCCUGCUCCGAUGCCAGAGGUGAUGCCAGCCAGGGACACGCAGGAACAGAUAAACUUGCGCCUUAUCCUAGUGAGUGGGAAGACCAAGGAAUUCCUGUUUUCUCCGAAUGAUUCAGCCGUGGAUGUCGCCAAACAUGUUUAUCAAAACUGGCCAAUGGGUUGGGAAGAGGAGCAGGUCAGCAGCUCCGACAUCCUGCGCCUCAUUUACCAGGGACGCUUUCUACACGGCAAUGUCACACUGGGGGCCCUGAAGCUGCCGCCCGGCAGGACCGCAGUUAUGCACCUGGUUGCCAGGGAGACACUGCCGGAACCCAGCUUCCAGGGUAAAAGGAACCGGGAGAAGGCGGGGGAGAGGAGCUGUUGUACCAUUUUGUGAGGUCGGAGCAGUCGCUUCGCUCAUGGACAAACAGAUUUUUUGUUUAGGACUUUUCUUGGAAUCCCAGAGACGGGGAAUGAGCAUCAUUACUGUGGCGUAUCUGCACCAGGCCAGAACUUUGUCUCAUUAUCACAGUCUAUCUGCUGGCGAUGGGAGCCAGGCU